AUGACCUCCCCUCUCCCAACAUUCGUAUUCGGCGCAGCCAGCUUCAACGAACAAGGCAGCCACCGCACAGCGGCCGAGGUCGAAGAGAUGCUCCAGGUGCUGCAACAGCAGGGCAUCACGACAAUUGACACGGCCCAGAUCUACGGCUCGAGCGAGGAGCUCCUGGGCCUGACCCAUGCUGCUGCACGCUUCGUCAUUGACACGAAGCAUUGCGGCGGGUUCGCGCCGGGCAACUCUACAAAGGAGAAAGUCAUUGCCGGGGCGGAGGAGAGUCUACGGAAGUUGCAGAUGGAUAAGGUCAACGUCUUCUACCUCCACGCGCCAGACCGCCAAACCCCGCUGGAAGAAACCCUCGAAGGCAUCAACGCGCUAUACCAAGCGGGCAAAUUCACCUCCUUCGGCCUGUCCAACUUCCGCGCAGACGAAGUGGAAGCUGUCAUUCAGCUCGCAAAACAGAAGAACUUCGUCCUACCCACCGUCUACCAGGGGAACUACAAUCCUCUCUCGCGCAAGCAGGAGACCGAGCUGCUCCCCGUCCUGCGCAAGCACGGUCUGGCGUUUUAUGCGUAUAGUCCCCUGGCUGGUGGUUUUCUGGCCAAGUCGAAGGAGGACCUGCUGGGCGGAGGGCUGUCGGGCAGAUGGGACCCGCGCUCGAUGUUCGGGAUGGUGUACCAUGGUCUGUACAAUAAGCCGGUGUUCCUUGAUGCGCUGGAUGAUUGGGGGCGGAUUGCGGACGAGGCGGGAGUGUCGAGGGCGGAAUUGGCGUAUCGGUGGAUGGGGUAUCACUCGUGUCUGAGCGGGGAGUAUGGAGAUGCGAUGGUGGUUGGUGCGAGUAGUGCCGGUCAGCUGGAGCGGACCAUGCAGGGGCUCCGUCGGGGGGCGCUGAGUGAGGAUGUGGUGGAGAGGAUUGAGAUGGUGUGGGAGAAGGUCAGGGAUGAGGCUGUUCUUGAUAACUAUAAUGAUUGGUUUUGUAAGCAAUGA